ACAUAACAACUUAACGCUUUUGUGUUCGUCGUUUCACUAAAACUAGCCAUUUAUUACUCUACUGGCUGGCGCCGGAAUAUGUGCACGUUUUUAUUCAGCUCCAAGCUUCAUUUGCAAAGGUUUGUGGCUGCUUAGCGAGCUAAACAAUGCCAAAGAGGUGUUAGCAUAGACUUAUAACUCCAAAGUGUGAUUUUUAACUAAAGAAAAUGUACAAUGACUUCUUCAACGCUACUAAUUAUGUUAGCACACAUAGCUGGAAUAAGAUCAAUUCUAUUUCGAAAUGAUUUCACGUCUCUCCCGAGCUUUUUCGUUAGCAUGCGGCUUCUGGCUGGUCACGUGCCCACGAAGGACCCGAAAUGAUGAAAUACAUUAAAAACAAAAACAAGAAAUCAAAAAAGAGGACGAUAAAAUAGUCGAAUCUCGCCUGGAGGGAGAGAGAUCCCUCAUGGAUGACAAGCAGCAUGUGGAGUGCAGUGACAGCGACGACUUGUUCGGAGACUACGACGGUCUCUUGGAGGACGAGUCGUUCUCGGCCGAACUGGACCGGGCCUCCGAGCCGGCCGCCGAGGUCCGACACUUCCUCUCCGAGCCCGUCGCGGAUGCGGCGCGGGACGACGUGCCCUGCGGCCAGCGGGAAGCCAAGAGGCGCAAAGUACACGGGCACGCCGCCCCCGGCACGGACGACGGGAAGCCCCGCGGCGUGGCGAGGAGGAGCGUGAGCGAGCGCGUGAAGAAGACGCUGCGGGGCAACGCGGCGUCGCCCGCCGGCCUUUCGCGUUCCGUGGCGAUGAAGGAGGCGGCGCUGAGCCGCGAGGUCAGCGGCGCCGCGGAGGCCGUCCGCGCCCACCGCCGCGACCUGGGGCCCUUUUUUGGGCUGCCGGGCAAAGUCCGAGACCUCCUCUUCACGCUCCGGGGAAUCCGCAGCCUCUACGCGUGGCAGGAGACGUGUUUGCGUCUGGAUUCCGUGUCGGAGCGGAGGAACCUGAUCUACACGCUUCCCACCGGCGGCGGCAAAACUCUGGUGGCCGAGGUGCUGAUGAUCCGAGAGCUGCUGUGCGGCCAGCGCGACUGCAUUUUCGUCCUGCCCUACGUCGCCCUGGUCCAGGAGAAGGUUCGCGGGCUGGCGGUCUUGGGUCUGGAGCUGGACUUCCUGGUGGAGGAGUACGCGGGCAGCAAGGGCAGGUUCCCGCCCGUCAGCAGGAGGGGGCGGCGCUCGCUCUACGUGGCCACCAUCGAGAAGGCCCACGCCCUCGUCAACGCGCUCAUCGAGAGCGACGCGCUGCGAGGCGUCGGCCUGCUGGUGGUGGACGAGCUUCACAUGUUGGGCUCGGGCAGCCGAGGCGCCCUGCUGGAGAUCACCCUGGCCAAAGUCUUGCACCUCAGCCGCGACACGCAGAUCGUGGGCAUGAGCGCCACCCUGGGGAACAUCGGAGAGCUGCGGACCUUCCUCAAGGCCGACAACUACCGCGACGACUUUCGGCCCGUGGAUCUGAAGGAGUACGUGAAACUGGGCGACGGCAUCUACGAGGCGGACGGCGAGGAGGAAGACGGUUUCCGCUUAUGUCGCCGCUUGAAGUUGAACUACUCGAGCGCCAUGCAGAAGGCGGACCCGGACCACAUCGUGGCGCUGGUGACGGAGGUGAUCCCCGAGCAUUCCUGCCUGCUCUUCUGCCCCACCAAGAAGAACUGCGAGAACGUGGCCGCCAUGAUUUGCAAGUACCUCCGACGGGACUUCCUCGCCCGGCGGCAGACGGAGAAAGAGGCGCUCCUGCGGCGGCUGCGCGAUUGCGGCGCGGGCCGCCUGUGCCCGCUCCUGAGCCGGACGGUUCCGCUGGGCGUGGCCUACCACCACAGCGGCCUGACGGCGGACGAGCGCCGCCUGCUGGAGGACGCGUACGCCGCCGGCGUCCUCUGCCUGCUGGCGUGCACGUCCACGCUGGCCGCCGGCGUCAACCUGCCCGCCAGAAGGGUGAUCGUGCGCUCGCCGCUGGUGGCGCGGGCGGCGCUGACGACGGGCCAGUACAAGCAGAUGGCGGGCCGCGCGGGGCGGGCGGGGCUGGACACCCGGGGCGAGAGCAUCCUCGUCCUGCAGGAGGCGCAGCGCGACAAGGCCAAGACCUUGCUGUGCGCGCCCGUGGAGGAGUGCCGCAGCUGCCUCCUCGCCGACGACCGCAAAAUUCUCCUCAGCCUCAUCCUGUCGCUCGUCGGCUUAAAAGUGGCGUCGUGCGUGGACCAUCUGGAGGAGUUUCUGCGCGGGACGCUGCUGUUCGUUCAGCGCGAGCGCCAGCGGGUGCGCCUGGAGGACGUGGUCCCGAGUUGCGUGGACCUGCUGAAGGUCAAAGGUCUUCUACAUGCGGAGGGUCGCAACUUGCAGGUCACGCAGUUGGGCCGGGCCACCUUCAAAGGUUGCGUGGAUGUGAUCCACAGUGAAGUUCUGUACCAGGACCUCCAGCAGGGCCUGGAGGGCCUUCUUCUCGACAGCUAUCUUCACCUGCUCUUCCUGGUGACCCCGUACGACCUCGCUGCCGCCUGCACGCCGGACUGGAUGACCUUCUACACGCAGAUGUCCUCGUUGUCGGCGUCGGAGCUGAAAAUGUGCGCGGCGGUGGGAGUGCCCGAAAGUUUGGUGGCCCGGAUGGCGGCGGGACAAAGCGUCAGCAAGAGUGCCAACAUGUGUGUGGCGAAGCGUGCGUACCUGGCGCUGGUUCUGAUGUUGCUGCUGAAGGAUGGCGACAUUUGGGGCGUGGCCCAAAAGUUUCAGCUGACUCGGGGCUUCGUCCAGUCGCUGCUCAGCUCGGCCGCCGCGUUCUGCACGUGCGUGCUGCACUUCACGCAGGAGUUGGAGCGUUUGUGGCCGUACAGGUCCCUCCUGGAGGCCCUGACGCGACGCCUCAGCUACUGCGUGAAGACGGAGCUCAUCCCGCUGAUGGAGGUGGCGGGGGUCACGGAGGCUCGCGCCAAGCAGCUCCACGCCGCCGGCUACACGACGCCGACGCACUUGGCCAGCGCCGACGUGGCCCUCCUGGUCCGGACGGUGGAGCACCUCAGCAGGAAACGAGCCAAUCAAAUGGUGGCCACUGCCAAAAUGUUGCUCGACGAGAAGGCGGCGGCGCUGCAACAGGAAGUCGACCGUCUGCUCGCCGUGCCGCCUCGCCCGCCCGACUUAACGCGACCGUCUCAGGUUACGUAAUAGUCAGGCUGUCAACGAUUGGCUGUGAUUGGCCAGAAUGGAAGCAAAGGACGCAAACACAAGUGCCACAUUUUGUACACUUUUUUUUUUAACCCAAACUUAUGCAACCAAAUAAACGGGGCAAUAAAAGCG